AUGUCCAAGCUGCCGCCCGAUUCGUCCCGAUGGUCGACUCCCCUGCUUGAGCUAAAAAAGCGGCAAAUCGACUCGCUCGCAGCCUAUCAAAUCACCUUCACCGAAACCCAAAAGGACACGCAAUAUCAAAUCUCAGUUCCUUCGCAGCCAUAUGUCCUACUGCUGAUCCUGCCUCCAACGUUUCCCCAGCAGCCGCCGGCGGUGUUGGUCAAGCCUGCAAAUCUUCAGCAUCCCUGGAUCAAUCCUCAGGGCUAUAUCGUGGGUCACGACAAGCUCCAGAACUGGAGCCAGAGCCAUUCUCUCGGCCGUAUUCUGCGAGACAUCAUCCAGGAACUGGCCGUGCGUCCGCCACAGAAACCACCUGUCCCGACGCCGCUCCGUGCCGACUCGCCAGCUCUCUACGGUCAUCCGCCGCCUCGUCCGGCCGGCGCAUCGGUUCCAAUGACCACCGGUGCUGCUUCCUCUUUCCCGUCUGCUGUUUCCCAGCGUCCAGGAGGUCCGCCGAGCUACGGGCCAUUGGCUGCUCCAGCGACGACGCCAAUCGUCGGCGGGCCAACCUUCUCGCCAGCACCACGGCCCGAAGCUAUCCCGCCGCCCAUUCCACUUCCACCCGGAAUGGCCCAAGAGUUUCCUGGAAUCGAAAAGAAAUCCGUCGAGGAGAUUGAGGAGCUCUUGAUGGACGAGGGCGUCUUUGAGGAGUACUUUGAGACGCUUCCCCAGAUCGCCAACAUGAAAUCGGCUCAAGAACAGCUGAAGACCGACACGGAACAAAUAGCCAACCUGUCACUUCAAAAGGAAGCCGAUAUCGAUAAGAUCAAGGAGUCGAUCAAACAUCAGCAAGAAACGCAUCGACAGGAGCGCUCCGUGUUUGAGGAGAAGCUCCUACUGCGACAGCGACUCAUGAUGCGAUUCGAUCCAGCAUUCCUGUCUCAGCGGCUUGAUGCCGGUAUGAAAGAGAGUGAUCAGGAAUCCAAGGAAGUAUCAAGGGAGCUACUGGAAGGGUCGCUUUCGGCCGACGAUUUCGUGCGCAAGUUCCGCGCCACCCGCCAGAUCUUCCACAAGCGCGCCGCCAAGGUUGAAAAGAUCAAGACAGACAGCCGGGUACUGCUGGGAUAG